AUUUAUUUCUAUGCCACCUACGUUUUUGCUCAGGCUGGGAUCUCAGCUGAAAACAUCCCAUACGUGACACUUGGCACAGGAGCUUGUGAGUGCUUCACAGCCCUCUCCUGUGGCUUACUGAUAGACUACGUGGGAAGAAGAUGCCUUGUCAUUGGGGGUUAUCUCCUCAUGACCCUCUGGUGCACUGUUCUGACCUUCUCUCUGACUUACCAGGACCUGUACUCCUGGGUGCCUUAUGUGAGCAUGGCCUGUAUAUUUGCCUUCAUCCUGAGCUUUGGGCUGGGACCAGGUGGCAUAACAAACACCCUGACAGCUGAGCUGUUUGUGCAGUCCUCACGUCCUGCUGCCUACAUGAUUGCAGGGAUUGUCAGCUGGAUUAGUUUCUUCCCAGUUGGAAUGCUCUUUUCCUUUCUUGUAAAUGGACUGAAGCAGUAUUGCUUCCUGGUGUUCCUGCUGGAGUGCUUCUUUGUGGCUGCUUUCAUCUUCCUUGUCAUUCCUGAGACAAAAAACAAAUCCUUUCUGGAAAUCAGAAAGGAAUUUCACAAGCUGAAUUUUGGAAGAAAUACCAAAAGAAAGGAGACUGAGCUUUAUGAAAGAACACAACUUCAAGAUGAAGUCCUAAAAAAUUCUGCCUAA